AUGGGCCCCGUCGAAGCCCUGUCAAGGGCGCCUCGACGGGUUGCAUCACCACGCUGGGUAGUUCUAACCCUUCUCCCCCUCAUUCCCCCCAUUCUUCCCCUCAUUUCCCAGCCUUCUCCUCCUCAUUCCCCCCAUUCUUCCCCCUCAUUCCCCCCCUUUUCUCCCUCAACCCCCCCCCCCUUCUCGCCCUCAUUUCCCCCCCUUCUCCCUCUCACUUCCCCCACUGCUCCCCCUCAUUUCCCCUCCUGCUCCUUCUCACUUCCCCCACUGCUCCCCCUCAUUUCCCCUCCUGCUCCUUCUCACUUCCCCCACUGCUCCCCUUCAUUUCCCCUCCUUCUCCUUCUCACUUCCCCCACUGCUCCCCCUCAUUUCCCCUCCUGCUCCUUCUCACUUCCCCCACUGCUCCCCUUCAUUUCCCCUCCUGCUCCUUCUCACUUCCCCCACUGCUCCCCUUCAUUUCCCCUUCUGUCUUGCAACACAUGCCACAUACAGUAUGUUAUCACCCUCUUCUGA